AUGAAUUUUUCAAAUGAUACUUAUCAAACACAAUCUAAUCAAAAUUCAACUGCCAAUGAUGAAGAUUGCUCGUUUACAUCUCAAAUCGUACAUGGAUAUAAUCCUGACAAUUAUCCUGUAACAACAAUAGAAAAUCAGAAUGAUCAAAAUUUAACAAAUUCCGAAGAGCAAUAUGGACAAGAUUCGGGAGACUGCAUUGGUCAAGUACAAGAUACGGCAGAAAUUCAAAUCUUGAUAGGUCCAAGCAUCAUCCUUACUGGGCAGGAUGCUUUUAUAUCAAAUUGUUCUGAUAAAUUGUUCGAAAAUCUUGAUGAAAAAACGAACGUUCCCACAAGCAGUUUUAAUCAACCUCAAUGUGUUAAAGACCAACCAUCUGAAGAUCGUCGUUUACCUGAGAAUAUAAUUCCGUUGUUUCCUGGUCAAAGUGAACAAGAGAUAAUAACAAAACUUAAGAAAGUUCAAGACGCAAAGGACGGGUUUUGGAAUGAAGAAGGUAAAAAGUAUAAAAAAUGUGGGAUGUCACGAGAAACCAGUGGACAGAUAUAUAAAGAUGUCGCGGAAAAACUUCAUGGGUAUAUACGCGAAGAGUUUGGUAAACAAGCAAAUUGGGUAAAUCAAGCACAAUUGAUAAUGGACAAUAUAUCAUAUGGUUUUAUGUUUCUCAAUACGAAAAAUGAGGUGUUGGGAGUCCAAAAUCACCAUGGAAGCUGGAGCGCUAUCAAAGGUCAUCCAAAAAUCAAGGAAGAUGGUACAUUGGAAACUCCAUGGGAAGCAUCUGUGCGUGAAUUGCUUGAAGAGGUUUCAAUUAAAUUAAAAAGAGGCAGAAUUCACAAACCAAUCAACAACAAAAAUAUUUGUCAUCUCCUUCAUUUAAAAAAAGAUCACUUUGAGCAUUGUCGCGUUGACAGCAAACUAGGUACUGGUGAUAAGAUGCGCAGCAUAGGUCUUUUCAUUGUUCGUGUUAAUGAAAACGAAGUGAAAUUUAGUUUAAACGAUACCAAAGAAAAUAAGGUCGUUGAAUGGUUAAAAAUCGAUGAUAUUAUUCAGAAUAAUCCCGGAUCACGACGCGACAUAUAUGUUACAUUGCGUCCGUUCAUUAAAUAUGUCAAUAAGCAUCCAAUACACUAA